AUGCUCCACUGGCUGGUUGGGUUGAACCAAAAGGGGUAUGUUGGGAUUAUUAAAAAGCAUAUUGAAGACCUUUUGAGGGAGCUUAACGAGGAUGCCUCACAGCUCUCAGAUGCCCUCGAGGUCACUGGGGAUCCCACUCAGCUGACCGCUUCCCAUAUCUCCAACACUCUGACACAGGCGUGUCUCUACUCUGCCAGCGUUCUCCACAGGAUUAGGUAUAAAGACAUUUCGACAGCUGUUUCAACCCUUGACUUCAGCUCAGAAUAUUCCAAGCUUUAUUAUUCCGCCGACCCCGCCCGCCUCCUCUGCCAGCUGCGGGACUACGUGUACGCCUGCUACCACCAGUUGGCGUUCCUAAAGGCGCAGUGUAAUCGGAAGGAAUCUGAAGGUGGUUGGCAGGAUUGUCCGUACGGCCGUGAUGCCAAGAUGUCCCCCCUCCAGGCCUUCCUGACUGACGCCCCCGACUCCAAGUUCGAGACACAUCCCUUCGACCCGUGCGACAUCUGCCGCAAGACCCGCGUCAACAUGGGAUUCAAGAGGGAGGAUUUGCCUGCAUCUCAGCAAACUGGCAACAUACUCAACGACAUCCUCACUCCCACCUGCGGCGGCGAUGAUCCCCUGCUGAGAUUGGCCUCCUACCUCACCUGCCUCACCAGGCGGACGCCGCGCACCACCGGGGAGCUUGUCUCGUUCUUCCACAACUUCGGGAAUGAGCUGCAUUCAUCAUCUUCACAGUUGUCCACGCUAGGAUCCGCCCUCUCCGAGCCACAUCCUCAUUACCCCGACUGGGACCGUCUCAAAGACGCCGACCUCCAAGCCAUCAGGGAAGCCCGGGGCUCCGCCCCUCCCAACUCCAACCACAACCACGACGAGGACCAUCCCAUGACCCUGUCCACGCUGCUUGGAUGCGGCAUCGAUAACGUCAACUGCCCACAGCAUAUGAAGCCCAUCACCUACCGGGCCUACGCCCUGUACUCCAAGGCCUUCGCCCACCACUACCUCAGCUGGACGGCCUACCUGGCAGACAGACUUCACGAGUCACUGCUCAAGCUGCAAGAUGAUCUCGAGAACCUUCAAUGUCACGACUCCAAGUCCAAGCCCCUCCACCAGUGUGACAAGGCCCUGCCCCUCCUCUACUCUCACGGGUUCACGCCGCCAGACGGGACACUGCAUUCCUCACUCACGUGUUCUGAGCUCAUCACCAAGCUGGAAGAAGUGGUCGCCGGAGAGCCUAUCGCAGGCCUCAUGACCGCCAUGGACACAUUCCUCUAUCGCAUCCGUGCGCCCUUCCUCUUCUGCCUCGUCACGCUCUGGCUCAUCGCCACGCUCUACAUCCUCCACUCACUACUCUACCGCAUGGACGUGCUGCGCAUCCGCUCCCACCUACUCACCACCAGGGCCUCCCACCUCAUCGACGUCAAGGCGCUGCUCGCCGGCAGCCGCAGGAUGCUCUCACUCUACAAGGACGUCGACUACUUCGACGAUGACUUUCACUCAUGA